UGGGACUCGUUUGGGUAUGGCGCAUGCGUACUUCCGCCAGUGUUCCCAUUCUUUGCCGUUGCUGCUCUCAGAGCGCAUGUGGGGAAGCUAGCUGACGGUGUUGUCGUCUCCUUCUUCGUUUUCUGGGAAGCAUCUGAACAAAGGCCUGCCCCUUUUUCAUGAGGAUUGCUCUACCGCCAUCGUUACUUUACGUGUAAUCACGAUUACUAAAUCGGAUUACGAUACUUUUAUUAUAUUUCAAGGUACCAGUAACAACAGAGACAGAAUUCGAAAUGGAUGCGGAUCACCAAGAAACCAGCGGCGAGACCAAAUCGGCCAUUAAUACUUGGCGUUAUCGACACCAUUUCACGUACAAGGCAGAUCAAGGGAAAAAUAUCAUCGUCCAGUGUAAUCUGUGCUUGCCGAGGGUUAAUCUGCUGUCCACGUCAAAAACCUCCACUUCAAAUCUAAAGAAACAUUUAGACAGAACACAUUUAGGCUGUGAAGCCAGGCCUGAUGCCAAGAGAGGACGGAAAAAAGAGGAAUACAACGGUGAGGAAAGCAGACACUGCCAGCUCAAAAAGCUCAAAGCGGAAAUCAUCUCCAAAUGCCUGACCCAGGCAAAGAUCGAUGAUCUGAUCUUCAACUUCAUUGUGGAGGACUGCCAGUCAUUUUAUGUGCUGGAGCAGCCUGGCUUCAGGAAGCUGAUUGCCGGUUUAACUGAAGGGCUCAAAUCCAUGGACAGGGUGACCCUGUUUACUAAGGUGGACCACGGAUUCUCCAAGAUGCGGGAAGAGUUGAUGUCUAAGCUCAGCAGCGUCCAGUAUGUGUGCACCACAGCGGACAUCUGGACAGCCCACAACAGGAGCUUCUUUGGGAUGACCUGUCACUGGAUCGAUAUGGAUUCUUUGGAGAGGAAAUCCGCCGCCCUGGCUUUUGCACGGCUGCAGGGCAGGAUCACGUAUGACACCAUCGCCGGCCGCAUACACGACGUCCACGUGGCCUACAAUAUUGAGAGUAAAGUUCAGACAACAGUCACAGAUAACGGCAGCCCCUUCAUCAGUGUCUUCAGGGAGUUUGCGCUGGACAGCCAAGAAAGUGACGACGACAUCGGUUUCUACGAGAACGUGAGCACCGUGCUCGAGGGUGAGCCGGAGCAGGACAUGCUGCUGUUUCUGCCCACCGUGCAGCGCUGUGCGUCACACACCCUGGAGCAGAUCGUCACUGAUGACUUCUGGCAGGCUGUGUCACAGGGGCCCAUGUGCCAGCUACAUUACAGUGCCAUGGCUAAAGUGUUUGCCAUAUGGAGCAAAUGCCACCAUCUCCAGGUCGGGAUGGACGCGGCAGAGGAGAUAGGGAAGAUGGCACUCGUCGUCCCCACCGUUAUACGCUGGAACGUAGAGUACUGUGCCGUGCAGAAGAUUGUCUCUCUCAGCGAGCGGGAGCUGACGGAGCUCUGCGCUCGCCUCGAGGUCCCACGCUUUCAGCCGGAGGAGAUGGCCUUCUUGAAGGAAUAUGUGACUGUGUUUCACCCGCUCGCAUUUGCACUCGAACUUUUCCAGGCGGAGCAGAAAUGCUACCUGGGCCUGGUCAUCCCAACCGUACUCAGUCUGAAGAACAAGCUAAAUGAGCAGAAGGAUGCCGCAAAAUACUUCGGCGAUGCCAUCAACGCCAUUGUAAUGGCUAUCGACGUGCGGUUCCAGGAGCUGUUUGGCAGCACCGAAGCGAAGAUUGCGACCGCGACCACUCCUCAGUUUCGCUUGUGGUGGAUGGCGGCCUCCGAGAGGGAGGAGAUGUGCGCCCUGCUGGCCUCGGAGGCGUCCCAGAUGGAUCCCUGCACCGUAACCGAGGCGAACACCAGCCGCAACCUGUCCACCAUUGAAUCUGAGGAUGACUUCUUUAGCUACGGCUCAGUGAAACCGGCCGUCCAGAUCCAGCAGCGGGGGGUGUUGGAGGAGAUUCGCAAGUAUGUAGAAGGAACGGGGAAGAGCCUCGAGUGCCUGCAGGACUUCCCAAGAGUGAAGCAGCUCUUCCUAAAAUACAACACCACCCUGCCGUCCACGGCCCCCGUCCAGCGUCUCUUCAGCCAGAAGGGCAACCUGGUGACAUCACAGAGAAACUUUCUGACUGACGACUAUUUCGAGCGCAUUCAGCUUUUGAGAUACAACAGCAACCUGUGCUCUCUGGUCAGCGAGUGAAUGGGUUACCGAUGUCCGUCUCAGACUUUUAACCGACACAAAAUCAAACCAUAUUGUUUUGAAGUCAUCACAGGAGAACACUGAACAAUAUCUCAUUUCAGGCACUUUAGCCCAAAUGUUCUUUCUAAUAUUUAUCCCCCCUGCCUGUUUUGGUUGGCAAAGCAUAUGUCUCCCACUCCAGAAUGGCUUAAUGAAAACAUCUGAUUGACAAUCAUAGACACUGACACUCGGACUGACAGAAAGCAUCUUUAUCUGUGCUGUUGUUGUGAUUUGAUGUAGCCACGGGGUUAAACUGAAGUGAUUUUUGUCUUUCAGUUUGUUUUUUUUCUACAGCUGUUCAGUAAGAAUGCAUCUCCUGUCUGUAUUUUAUAUCAUAUAUAAAGCGACAAGAAGAGACCCCCCCCCCCGCUCCUUUUGUUUGUUUGUGUCUCGCCUUUUUCCCCCCCCCCUUUCAUAAAAACCAAUUGCAAGCCACAAGUAAUUAGAUUAGUUACAGAAUGACAUCAGCUGCCUUAUUUACAUGCAGCACCAAACGCGUUCGGCAAACACUCAUUGCACUUUCAAACGCGUCCGGGUGUGUUUGUGUGCGAGGAAGAUGCACAACAUGCAAACAGUGAAAUUCCAGUGGUGCACAUUUCCCCAGUGUAUUCUUUGCCAUGUGCCCGGAUGUCAGCUAAGAGCUUUCGUCUUGUCAGACAGCUGCCUGGAGACCAACAGGAGGCUGUCAGAGAAUGCAAACACAGGCUCUGUCUGGACCCGAGCUGUCGAAGACCUGACAUUUUUGAAAAUGCAAAAACCAGCCCGCAGAGAGCCUGAAAAACCUUGGGAUUUGCUUUCCCUUCGAUAUAUUAUUCCUAAAUAUAUUCUCUGAGUGAUUUUCCGUGAGUUUGCCUACAGCAGUCACAGAGGAUUAAACGGACUUGAAAACUGAAAACCUAUUUCUCUUCUGAAUUGGGAUUCUGUUCCAUAGUGCAGCUUCUGAUAGGGAGAAAAAACAGCUUACACAACUGAUUGCAGAGAAAGAACAAGCUGGAGGAGUGUAGAUUAAAGAGUAAAGCAACAAUUCUUUGCUGCUGCAAAGUAAAAUGAAACAGAAGUAUCUGGAGUUGCACUGAGUUCAGGGGUCUUUGUUUAUAGACUGUAGGAGGAAGCUGG